AUGGUCGGUGCCGUUGUUGCGAUCACGGGUUUUCGUGACCCUGCUGUGGUGAACCAGAUUGCAUCCUUAGUUAAUUGGAUGGGUGGUAGUAUGCGAAGAAAACUAGACCAAAGUGUGACGCACCUAGUUGCUUUUCGUUGUGCUGGAGAGAAGGUUAGAAAAGCUGCGUUAACAUCCACCACUGUCGCCACAAUGAAAGUUUCCUGGGUUGAAGAUGCGUGGAACUUGAGGCAUUCAAAUCCUGAUCUCAACGCUUGCGAUCCAGACUUUGUUGAUCAACACCGUGGAAAAGUCUUCCAGGCGUGUUGCCUCUUCUUCAUCGGAUUUUCACAAAAGAGUGAGACCUUGGCCGAACUUGAGUCUAUCGUCCAAGAACACGAUGGGACUCUCGCAAAGGAUCUUUCAGAUGAAAGACUCACUCAUGUGGUUGUUGCUGAUGACUGGCAUAAGAGAAGUGAUGUCAUUGAUAUGAGUGCCUUACUAGUUAGUCCAAAUGCGGACGUCAAUACAAUAUCAUCUCCCAAGCUCGGUUGUUGUUCAAAUGACUUCGACUUGCAUGCCAGACUCACUGAGGUCGCUUUCCGUGUUCCUGUGCUCCGACUGGAUUGGUUCUGGAAGUCGCUACAGUCCACUUACAUAUGCCAUCCACAGGAUUUUCUUUAUAUUCACGAUGCUGGAGCCAUGGACUCCCCACAUGCCUCAUUCUUUUCGUCCCAAUGUAUCUCUGUUGAUCCUUUUUCACCAAAAGCCGCUUAUCGUCCGUCCACUGGAACGAUAGGGAAAGAGAACAGAAGCCCUAGCCAAGACGCAAGUGGAUGCGAAUUGGCUUUUCAAAGCUGCAUUUCUCCUACAAACAUUGAUCAAUCUGAGUUGCAAAAGAAUGACGAAAAUAUGGACCAUCAUAUUAGUAGGGAAGAGGUGAUCGCUCAGUUGGCAGAUCCACUGCUGGUUUUAUCCUCAAAUCGCUGCCACUCACGAGGUGCAAAUUCAUUCAUUCUAUUGGAGACUUCCUCUCCAUCCCCCUCCUUGGCUCAUAACUGUUCCACUCCAUCAUCAGAGUUGCAAAUGCGGCUGCAAUCAGGGGAGGAUGUCGAAGAAAAAUCGAAAUCCCCAUUCUCGCGUACACCACUGGAGACAAUUAAAACAUCAUUUGAGCACUCCCCGCUUCUCUACCGAGCAUCACCAAGUGCAGCCGACAAAAAGACGCCCCUGCAAUCACGUCUCAAAGACAGGCAACAUAGGGUCUUCGAAUUUCUUCUUACGGAGCGCAAUUAUUUGAACAUUCUGGAGUAUCUGACACAGACCGCACUGUCAGAGGUGAUCGCUGAAGAUCAAGUAGGCGGACCGAUUCUACCCAGGGCGGAGGCGGACAUCGUCUUUGGAAAACUAAUACCCAUCUAUCAACUCCACAAACGCCUUCAUUUGCGACUCGCUGAGCUUGAGAGUACUUGGAAUAUGGAAACCAGUCGACUAGGCGAAAUCGUUUUACCCUACAUAGAUGAAAUGGAAAAAGUAUAUAGUCACUAUAUGCAGUUCUACAGUGCUCCACACCUACAGCAGUUAGGUCGUGAGUAUCCGAGAUUUUUGGCUUUCAUGCGUCAGGUGGAAAGACGUAAGGAGUCCGGACGUCAGAGCCUCUCAGAUCUCCUAGUACGUCCUGUUCAACGUCUCCCCUCCAUGUUGCUUCUCAUCCAGGGCAUCAUCAAAUUCACUCCCGCAUCGCAUCCAGACCAUGAAGAUGUAUCUAUCUUCGCUUCUAAGCUCUCUGCCAUCUUGGACCACAUAAAUAUGCGUCUAAAGAAGAACGAAGAGCACAUUUCCUUGUUAAAUCUCUAUCAUGACAUUAAUGGAGCUCCUCCCGAGAUGUUAUCCUCGUCACGCAGCCUGGUCUGUCAACUUAAUGUCUUUCAGCUCGACGUUAAUGCUAGUGGUACGCCCACCUGCGAACCUGUAAUUCUCUUCCUCCUCACUGACUGCCUCGAGAUUGCGCGUCCGAAGAAACGAAACACUGGCGAUAAUCAUGCCAUUCAAGCAGCUUUGGAGGCCGUUGAAGGUGGCUCACAUGGUUCUCUUGCUACUGGAAUCUGUGAUGAGGGAGGGAAUGGUGGUGACGAUAACUCUGCAGCUGGAACCUCUUCAAUGGGCGGCAGCAGACGGAACACUUCGAUUUCACGCGCCGACUCCGGUGCCUCUGGGGUUACAAACUUCGGCCGUGGAGCUGACGGCAAGAAGCGUCAAAAAUUUACCCAUCUACUGCUUCUUAAGCUCCAGGACAUCAAACGAGUUCUAGAUCUAAGCACUAUGUCCCCAGAACGUGCUGCCUUCUCUCUCAUAGUUCGAGGUGCCUCGGAAGAGCGUGAUCAGAUGUUUACAUUCUGCCUGGCAGCCAGCUUCACCGCCACUGCGGCUAUCGCCACAGGCAAGUGUCCGGAGGCAGUAGAGUCUGCAGUGGCAGCCGUUACCGCUGGACGAAGGCCCUCUUCCUUUAAAGAUGUUAGAAAUGACCUUGUAUCCGCUGAUAACGCGGAGGAGUUGGAGGGGGUCGGUGCCAUUGCUGAGAUGCAGGCAGAAGAAGUGGAGGAAGAUGAGGGCAGCGUUGUGGCCAGAUUACAGCAUUGUGUGCACGAGGCAAAGACUAAUUUUCUUCGACGCCUAUGUCGCAAUGUAAUGCAGGUGUCUUUCGUACCUAGCAUUCCUGAGGAUCUUCUUGUCGAAAUGGAGCCUGAGGUGGUACUGGCCUUUGACCUAGACACAGUCUUUAGUAGUGUUGGUAAUGGGUCCUUCAAAUCGAAAAAAUUUUCGCGACAUCUGGGUCGCGCCAUAUCUCUGAAGACGCCACGACGUGCAGCAAACACGCGUAAUGCGAAUGGGUCUUCACUGUUAUCUCAUCAGCAUGAAUGCAACAACACCAUGCGACAGGGCGGAAAAUACAUUAUCUCUCACGUUUCUGGACCCCCACUCUGGACCCUCGAGAGCGCCUCGAGCACGGCUCUCUCCUCCAGCAUCUCACUUCGCUGUACUGCCGCCGCCGCUGUUGCUGACAAGGAAGAUCACCACCAGUAUCACAACGUACCUUCGAGGUUCGCCACACCUUCGCGUCCUUCUGUCCUCGGAUCUAUAUUUACUGGGUUGCUUUCUCACACUCCCAAAGCAACUCCAAUGAAGUUGUCGACCAAGACACUGAACAAGUUUGAUGAGACAAUAGAAGCCGAGUCGCAGCUAUUGAAUGAGAGCUACGUUUCACAAAAUGUUGCCAUCACUGCCACUCUUCCAAGCACCGCAUUCGUAGCUGAUUCUCUUGCUACUUCUGCUUCAAAGAUGGAGAGGAAAAAGUUAUGGAUGGAGUUCAUUUCUGAUGAGGAGGGCGAGGAACUUACAUCGGGUGAAAGAAAAAGCUCCUACGACGGUGGGGCCGAGGAAGAUGAUGUUGUUUCCAUAGACUCCUGCUCGUCUGCGGGUCCUUGGCCCGGAUUCUUCCCACCUGCUGUCCCAUCCACUGCCACGAGCAAAAAGACCAGAAAAGAUCUUAAUACUGCAACCUCCUCAACCACCUCCCUUCGAUCGAAUUGCCCCCGUUCCACAUAUGGUGGUGGUUAUGGUAGGCAGUCCUUCGGUGGACUUAUGAAUGCCACCCGAAAAAGUAUUUAUCGCUCCUUCCUGGCGGGUAUUCGUCGAUCGAAGCGAUCGGAGCGACGGCAGGGUCAACGAGACCAGCAGCGCACGGCUUCUACUUCAAGCUCUAUGUCUAGGGUGGCUCCAUUGGCGACUGCGGACGAAGACGAGGGUAACGAGGACAAUGCGGUGGUAAGGACAUUAUCAGGAAGAGGUGCAACUUGUUGGUUGGUGCCUCGCUUUCGAUCCGUCGAUCCACGCAUUCCUGGAACUGCAGGACUCGAUAAGUCUGCCUCUGAAUGUAACCUCUCGCGUCGUGUGAAUCACCCAGUUUCACGGGUUUCUGCAACCAGCAGUUCCACAUCCAUAAAGAACCUCUUCACCUCUCCUUUUCGCAUCCCAGUCGCCCCUCCGCUGCGAAAGUCAAUGGCAGCAGCAACACAAUCAGCUGAAAAAUCGAAGAUAACUCAGCGAAAUUACUCUCCAGAAACUUUAACAAGCUGGAGUAGCCUCAUUACUCUCAAUGAAGGUCGUGGUGAAGAUUCUGGCGAUGCGGAGGUGGUUAAUCGUCACCAUCCUUCGGACUCUGUCCUGGAUACUUGUAGCAUGAUUGUUCAUCCCUCACCGUCUGUACUCACAUCUUUCUCAUAUUUCAAAAAACUAAAAGUGGGCAAGAAUGGGAAAUCUAGGAGAACGUGUAGCAGUGCCAUCUUCCAUCGAACCAGAAGCGAGGCUGUAGUAGAAGAGGAGGAGGGGGAGAUGGCUGUGACAACGGAGGGACGUAAUAUUGGACCGAGCUCGUCAAACACGGGCCCAUCAAAUAGGCGCGAGAGCUUCUUUCGAAGAAACUUUUUUUUUAAAUGA